CACCACACACGAACCAAAAAGUAUCUCCCGCGCACGCGCCGGCGCCCGCGCUCUCCCUCCUCGCUGCUCCGUCUCGCCGCGGCGACGCGCGCGCCCGCCUAGAGCGGUAGAGAGCCCCCACCCCGCCCGCCGCGCGCGCGCGCGCCAUGGCCUCCGACGCGCGGCUCUCCCUGCCGUGCCGCCUCCCCGCGCGUCUGCCCCCGCCCCCGCCGCCGGCGCUCCGCCGCUCGCCCCGCGCCUCCCCCGCGGCGGUGGCGUCCACCUCCCCGAGGUGCCGCGUCUCGAUAACGGCGGUGCCGGCGCGCCCCCGCGGCCGGUGGCGGGCCCGCGCCGCCGGGGGCGAGGUGCAGGGCCAGGUGCAGCAGCAGCAACAGCGGGAGGAGAACGAGGAGGUGGUGGACAGCAACGUGCUCCCCUACUGCAGCAUCGACCGCAAGCAGAAGAAGACCAUCGGGGAGAUGGAGCAGGAGUUCCUCCAGGCGCUGCAGGCGUUCUACUUCGACAAGAAGGCCAUCAUGUCCAACGAGGAGUUCGAUAACCUCAAGGAGGAGCUCAUGUGGGAAGGCAGCAGCGUUGUUAUGCUAAGCCCGGAUGAGCAAAGGCUUCUGGAAGCCUCCAUGGCAUAUGUGGCUGGCAACCCCAUCAUGACGGAUGCUGAAUUCGACGACCUCAAGUUGAGAUUGAAGAAAGAAGGAAGCGACAUUGUACAGGAAGGUCCAAGGUGCAGCCUACGGAGUCGAAAGGUUUACAGUGACUUGACUGUUGACUACUUCAAGAUGUUCCUGCUGAAUGUUCCAGCGGCUGUUGUAGCUCUAACACUAUUCUUCUUCUUGGAUGAUUUGACGGGAUUUGAGAUCACAUAUCUUCUUGAGUUGCCAGAGCCUUUCAGUUUCAUCUUCACAUGGUUCGCUGCACUGCCUUUAAUAUUUUGGAUAGCACAGUCUAUCACUAAUGUUAUCGUGAAAGACUUCCUGAUUUUGAAGGGCCCAUGUCCAAAUUGUGGAAAUGAGAACAUUUCCUUCUUCGGGACUAUAUUGUCAGUGCCUAGUGGUGGUGCAAAAAACAGUGUGAAAUGCGCAAAUUGUGGCACUGAGUUGGUGUACGAUUCGGCAUCCCGGUUGAUUACACUCCCAGAACUGGCAGAGGCAUAAGUAAAGGUGGUUUAGGUUUCACUAGGAGGAGAGAUGGCCGAGCAGAUCCUGUGAUCUACAGCACAAAACAAGGCCUGACCUACAGUCGGGUGACAAAUCGUGCAGUGAUGUUUGUUUGUCAUGCUGGUCGAUGUGUAUCAUAAACAAAUGUAGAUAUUUGUACUAUACAGUGUUGAUGAAAUGGAGAUACGUGCAUAGAGUGUACAAAGAAAAACUAGCCAUAUAUGUUCGUACUAUCUUACCAUAUCAUUCCCUGUCUGAAGAACUU